UGUCAUUCAUAUAGUAUAAAAAAUUGGUUUUGUACAGGAAUGGAAAUUUAUUACUGCGAUAUUUUAAUUUUUCGCUUGACUUUAGUGUAAUUAUUAGUUUCUGCGUACCUUAAUUAAAAAGGAAAAAUACUCGCGUACAUUUCGCCAAAAUAAUUGAUAAGUUGGGAAAAUGUCUAGUGGACGCGAAGAAGGAGAAAUCGAUUCAGAGGAAGAUGGUCUGCGGAAACGCAUACAUGAGCUUGAAAAUGAAAAUGCUGAAUAUGAAAAGAUCAAGCGAAUUUCCGAAAGUUAUGGUGAUAAAUAUGGUAACAUGUAUAGACUGAAUGAAUUUAAUGACUGGGAAGCUGUACAACGCGCUGGUCAAGUGCCCACCGAUGUCUCCUCAAUUUCUUCCGAUGAAUUUCCCUCGCCAAAAAAGAAAAAACAUAAAAGAAAUAAAAAAGCUAAAUGCAAAAUGCAUGAGCGGCGUGCACUGCAGCGUAGUCAUCGUUGUACGCAUCAACGGCACAAGCACAGUAAAAAACAUCAACAUCAUCACCGGAGAGAACGUCUCAUCAAUACUUUCUAUGAAAGUCGUGGUAUUGAAACAAUAUCAUUGGACACCACCGAUAAUAGUGAAUAUGAGAAGGAUAACUACUCCAUAGCUACAAUGGAUAUUGAAAGUACCGAUGAAAAUGACGCUGACAUAACAUUACCUUUAAGUCGUGAAGAGCUCCGUUUGGCGCUGGGACGUGGUAAAACGGAAAGAAAAAAUAACGUCUGCUCAUUAAAAGAACGCUUGCAACCGGAUAAAUUUAUUGCACUGGAUAACAUGGAAAAGGUACAAAUAUUGGAAGAAUCCGCUGCGAAUUCAAAUGACGCGGAAAAUGUUGUAGAAAUCAAUAGUGAUAAUUCCAUUUCGAUUGAAGAGCAAGAGUUGCGUUUGAUUGCGCUCAGAUCGGCGAUAAUGCGUAAACAUGCGACGCGUAAAAAACGUAAUGACGAGAUUGCCUAUUCACCAACCGAUUUUGAUGAGCUGCUGGUUGAGCCCGUUAGUUUGGUCGAUACGGAUAUUGAGGAAUUAGAGGGUGACAUGGAAAUAAGUCCGGCUAGUUCACCCCGCUUGCUGCUUAGUCCCAUACAGUGUGACGAUGAACAAAAUAGUAAUAUUAGUUUGGACACUGAGGAUAAUCAAGUGGACAAUAAAUCUGUAGAUAUGGAGCUAGCAAGUAGUGAUAGCGAGCAGGAAGACAAUAGUAAAAAUAUCAUCAACACGGAUAUGUCAUAUGCACAAAUGCACGAUAUACCGCUACCAGCUGGUCUACCAAUGGAUAGUGGUGUCAGUUUGCCCUUGACAUACGAUUAUGCAAGUAAUAUCAAUCACGCGAUGGCCUAUGAUAUGUAUAUGCCGGCGAUGCAAUAUAGCUCACCGAUGGAAUUGCCACCGCCACUGUUGCCAAUGUCUGCGUUAACAAGCACAACGCAGCCAUUGGAUGCAUACGACGUGACGUCGCAAAAUGCCACUAGCAGUGACGAUGUGACGUGUGUUAAGCAUGAAGUCGUCAUUGAGCCUCAAAGGGUUAGCCUGUCGCCCAAGUCAUCAACUAUGGAGAUUAUACAACAAGAAGAACUACCUGAGGAAUGUAGUGAUGAAGAAGAGGCGGAAGCUUUGCGCGCGUUACUACUAUCACAACGUCAAAUGGCGAAAACCAUAAAAGCUAAUAGCUUGACACAAAUACGCAAACAAUCGCCAACGUAUGCGCAAAAAACAUUUGAAGAUGUCAAAAGCUCUAAAAGUAUGAUAAAAGCACCAGCACUGCAACCAAGCAUACUAAGUGAGUGCAACGUCAAGCCUACACCUACUGAGUCGAUUUUGAAAGAAGCUGUGCGCCGUUUGAAAGUCAAAACAUUUGCAAGUUGUGAGAAUGCGCAUGCGCAGGAUGUACAUACGGUGUCUGAAACGCUUGCACCACGUUUGAAGAUUAAAGCUUUUGCGCGCUGCAGAGAAGUUGAAGAAGUAGCAAUAGCGCAUGCGCAAACUACGCAUAUAGCUGAAAACGCAACAAUAGCAUUUAAAAAGCAAUCCACGAAUUUCCAUAAUGCAUUUAGUAAUCACGAAGAGUUUCCGAGCAGCACUGAAGGCAUACAAUGCAAGAGCACACCCGAAAUUUUGGACGCACAAACAAAUUCGCCCGAAAAUGUCACAACAUUUGUACAUAACAAACGGCGCUUGGACAAUAUGGACACUGUGGAACCGAAGUUAACUGUAAAAGAACUGCCACAGCUUGCUGAAAGUCUACAUUCCUCAGAGGACAGUAACAGUUUGCCGUUGCAACAAAGCCAAAGAACACAGCACACUUUUGAGACCCAAGCUAAGAAACUGAAAAGGUCUUUGGAACAGACAAACCAUGCGCCUGUCGCAGAUUUGAACGACUUGCAGGGCAAAAUGCAUACACAGGAGAUUAUGAAAUUAGAAGGAGAUGCCAACAGCAGUGGUGAGAAGGAAAACAAAGAGAUUUCUAGCGCAACGAUGAACAAAAACGAAAACGCAACUCACACCGUCACAAAGGCGAAGUCAACGGCCAAGCCUGUUGCUAAAACUCUGAAGGUCACACCGAAAAACAAAGCCAGUAUCACACUCGCGACAGCAAAAAACACAACGGUGCCUCCAAAAAUUAGCGUAGCUCCACCGUCGAAGGUCAUAAAGCCACUAGCGCAACAGUUAAAAAUUGUUAAGCCCAACAAAGUCAUCAAUAAAAACCUGGAAGUACAGCAGCGGACACAAAAGGCGGAUAAUCUCAGCAUACCGAAAAAGUCUGACGCCAACAAUCAGCCAUCGCGCAUACUAACACCCACCACAUUACCGAAUAUUAAAGUGAAAAAACUGAUUAUACAAUUGGGUGACACUGAUUCCUCCUCAGAGGACGAGGAGAUUAUACGCAAUCAAACGUUGGAGCGUUGCAUUGGACUGGCGACAGCGCGCACCCAGACACCUGAUUCAUUGAGUUAUAUCCUAAAUGAAAAUGUUUACGGCAGCAAAGGUUGUAGCACGCCAACAGAAAUGACAAACGCGCAAACUAAUGAUGACCUGUCCAAUGCGUCAGUGGCUAAAGAUACGACCGUCGGUGAAGCCUUCGAAAAGAAAUUGGAAAAUUUCCUCAAAACUAUACGCUCCAAAACGUUGCAGACGAACGAGCACGCUGAGCAUGCGCAUGCGCGCGUGCGUAAGCUUAGUAGCAGCAACGGCGUACAAACGCGCACACCCACGGCCGUACGCAGUCUUCCAAUAGCCUCGCAAGAGGAAUAUAAACGGUUAGUGCAUCGCAUGAAGAUACUGGAACGACAAAAGCAAUUGAAGAAAAUGCAAAAGAGCCUAAUUGAGGAUGCAGAAAAGUAUACGAAAGCCAAACAAGACAAUGCAGAGAACAAUGUGCGAAGGUUCGAUGAUGCCAACGCGCCCAACACCAACUGCGCCAAUGUCAAAACUACAAGCAGCGGCACACAGACCUGCAAUGAAGCGCACAGUGCGGUAACUGAAAAGUCUACAGAAGUACAUUCCGAAAAAUCAACGCCGAACGAAAGUUUAACCAUCAUGCCGGCGUCGCCAACCGUAACGCCGCCGCGAAACCAGAAAGCACUAACGGAUAAGCUGCGCUCCUGGGAAACUAUUUACACCAGCAUUAGUAAUAACAUCAUAACAAGACUGGACAAAUCGCUGCAGCUGGUGAAUGAAGCGAAGUCUGCGAAAAUCGCCAAAAUGCGUCAUGAGCAGCGUCUCAAGGAGUUGCGUCACGAAAUGGAGCAGACGCAACGGAAAUUGAAAGAAGAACAAGUGAAAAUAACACGCAUUCAUCCACAAAUAUGCGCCAGCAAUGAAUUGAUUUCGAAAUUGAAGCAAAAACGCGCCAAGGUGCUGGAAAUGGCUGUGAAGUUGGGCAAGAGUGUUAAGGGCGAUGAUUAUAGAUUAAAUAAUGAUUUGAAAAAUGAAAUAGCGCAUAAAACAAAAGGAUUGGCCACACAUAUAAAACUUGUUAAUUCCAUAAGAUAUAGUGAUCUAGAAAUAUUAGACAAAUUACCGGCCAAUAAUGCAAAAACUACAAAUGCCAUAAAUGCGCCACAAAGUCAGCUCGCCUGUGAUGAACUGGUCUCAAAGCAACUGCCAUCAACGGACCACAACAAACGCAUAGCGUGUGACGUGCAUGAAAGUGCUGCGCUUAUAUUGUCAACGCUUGCAGCUAGCGACACAAGAUCCGAAGCCGAAACCGAAACCGAAGCACGAGCUGCAAACACAAAUGCCAAUGAUAAGCAAAGCAAUGCUCAGGAAUCAAUCGAAAGCUGUGAUAAACAGUGCGAAGUGGAGCCAGCGCCUAGACUGGUAGCUGCUGACACAUGCAUUGAGGAGGUGGCGGUGGAGGAGGAGCAGCCUGCGCCGUGUGCGAGCGUCAAAGAAGUGCUGCACGAGGACUGCGCGCCGACAAAAGACAGCACGACAACGAAGGACAUGGAGGUGAAGCUGCAGCAGGGGCGCACACUGCGCGACUACGUAUCACCGCUGCUGCACUUACGUAGCGAAAGUGGAAAAUGGAACCCGAACGAUAUUAUCUGUCCGUACGAGUUGAUGGGCCAAUGCGAGGAUAAGGACUGCAGUUAUACGCAUUUGAAAAUGUGCAUAUAGAAAAAAAGUUGCCGCUAAAAAUGCUUGCAGCGUCUGCAGCAAGUGUACAUAUACGUAAAAUGUAUAUCGUUUUUCCAAAACAAAAAAAAAGUAUAACAAAAUAAAGGAGUACUCCGAAUAGAAGUUGCCUAAUAGGUAAGUUAAACCACUCAAUUUAGAAUUAUACAGAGAUUGUGUAACGCGUCCAUUUGAAAUUUACCUAUACCACUCGUGCAUAAUUUUCUAUUGAAAUUAUAUGUUUUUUUGUGAUAAGAGCAUUUUUCAAUAAUUUUUAGUUUAUUAUUUGAGUUGGUGGUGUGGUGAAAAGUUCUUGCUAGAAAUGCAGCACAAAGGUCGGUUGAAUUUAUUGCGCUAAUUUGCGCCGAAAUCUGAAAGUGAAAUAAAAAAUGUAAUAUAAUAAUAAUAAAUACUUUUUUUUGUUUAAAAAAAAUUUUAAGCGGUCAAUAUAUACUUUUACAAAAUUUUAUUCAUUUAUUUUUUUCAAUUAGAAGGUGCCAUAUUGUGUUUUUGCAUAUAGUUUAUGCAAAUAAUGGAGCCUUUGCUGUAUUUUAGCAAACUUGCCACAUUCUUUUUUGAUUUUUGUAAAA